AUGGAGCCUUUCCCUUCCGAACGAUUGCCUAUCGAGCUCAAGACCGAGAUCAUCAGGUUUGCUAUCCCCUCCUCGAUCCUAGCACGCUUUGUAAAGGGAUACGACAAGAUGCAGUUGGCUGAUGGUUUGAAGAAUCAAGAUGAGAACGAAUUGAGCCGAAUCCGCGCUUCAUGUCCGAUAAUCAAGUCGAUAUGCGAUCGAAUUCGAUACCUCGUGGUAUGUUCUGAUGGAAACGAAGUGUAUCGACUUGAUCCUGUACGCGACACAUUCAGGAUAUAUGAGUCCCAUCCUCACGAUAUAUUUCUAACACUCUGGAAGGAAGGGCCAGAAUAUUCUCAGGACGUAGGCCUUCCCAUCCGGCGCAUGCUCUAUUGGAUCAAAAGGCCUGUUUUCCCAUCUUUUCAGCAGUCGUACGCCGAGAUGCCAUUCAAUUCUUCAUUACCUACGUGGCUGCACACCCCAAUGCUCAAGGCGUUUACAUUGGUCCUAGACACCUGUGAUCAGAGCUGGCACAUCGAGAGCUUUCAGCAAUAUGGACCAAAAACCAGAAACGACACCCUUGAGGAAGAAGACGAUGGGUUCAUAAAUGCUGAUGAUCCUGCUAGGGGCGCAUCUUGGCUAGAUGUACCCCCCCAGAUUGGCUUCCAUGGGUACAGCCGAGGCAACAAUUCCAAGGGAGGGAAAUGGCCUGGAUUCAGAUACUGGACCGAGACGAAGAAGAUUGAAUUCAGGACUUUAUCGUGGCCAGAGGUCCAGCCUUGUGUAGAGGACUGCCAAAAAGAGUCAAUUGACGGUUACCAUCCUGAUCUCAUAGCUCGACUAUGGAUCAACCGGCCGGGAGAAUCGAUGGAUGCUGAGCAGUCACAAUACGGCUGGAUUGAGGUGAAAGCUCCCGAAGAAGGUGACGCUCCUUGGGUAGAGCAGGUGGCAACAACGUGUACGAUGGUUCGGCAUAUGCUGAUAAGAAUGAACAGACUUAUGGGUUUCGAGUGGCAUCUUGGCAAUUGA